GGGCCAGGGUCCCGAACCACGCUCAGCUCGAGGCAGCUUCCCCCGGGCUGGGGCUAGCGGGGCUGGUGGCGGGGCAGGGGAGCCCUUUCCUAGAAGGAAGAAGCUCGUAGGAGCGUCUCUACAAAGCGGGAUGCGAAGAGGGAAGAAAUGGCACCGCGUAAGGGUAAGGAGAAGAAGGAAGAGCAGGUCAUCAGCUUGGGACCGCAGGUUGCCGAAGGGGAAAACGUGUUUGGUGUCUGCCAUAUCUUCGCUUCCUUCAAUGACACUUUUGUCCAUGUAACUGAUCUCUCUGGCAAGGAAACCAUCUGCCGAGUGACUGGUGGUAUGAAGGUGAAGGCCGACAGAGACGAGUCUUCGCCCUAUGCUGCUAUGUUGGCAGCCCAGGAUGUUGCCCAGCGGUGCAAGGAGCUGGGCAUCACUGCACUUCACAUCAAGCUGCGAGCUACAGGUGGAAAUAGGACCAAGACUCCUGGACCUGGUGCCCAGUCAGCUCUCAGAGCUCUCGCUCGUUCUGGAAUGAAGAUUGGGCGUAUUGAGGAUGUUACCCCCAUCCCCUCUGACAGCACUCGCAGAAAGGGUGGUCGCCGGGGUCGUCGUCUGUAAACCGUGGCUGGCUUUUGUUUCAUCAUUAAAUCUCUCAACGCAA